AUGGGCUCCUCGAUAAUCGACAUUCAGCGCGAUGCUAUUCUCAGCACGAUUCGUCGUGCGGCAGGCAAUGAUGUGCGAUCAACCCCCUCUCCUCGCUACUGUUGGAAAGUCCUAGUUGUCGACGAGACUAGUCGGAAACUGAUCUACAAUGCGACCAAUGACGAUGAUAUCCUGAACCUCAAUGUCACCAAUGUCGAGCAGAUCGAGCACAGGAGACCAUGCAACCCCGAUAUGGAUGCGCUGUACAUUCUGUCACCUCUCACACACAUUGUUGAUUGUCUGAUGGCCGAUUUUGAGCGGAGGCGAUACAGGAAAGCAUGGUUGGUCUGGACGUCAGCUCUUGAUCCGCAACAGCGCGCUCGACUAGACAGGUCGCAGAUGGCGCGUGAACAGAUCGCCGACUUCCGAGUGCUGAACAUUGACUUCUUCCCGAGAGAAUCGCGCCUGGUGACGUUCCGAGACCCCUGGAGUUUCCCGGUUCUGUUCCACCCCGGUUGCAACCAUCUGAUCCGCGGGCACCUCCAAGACCUUGCGCAAAAGGUCGUCUCGCUUUGCGUGACUUUGGGAGAAUAUCCAGUCAUCCGAUAUUACCGACCGAGAGCCUCUACUCACGAGGCUAGCGUCCUGUGCUCCCACCUGGCUAGGUUUGUUCAGAAUGAACUAGACCAAUUUGCCCAGUCUCAAAGAGACUUUCCUCCUCCUUCUGCCCGACCUCGCGGUGUUCUUUUGGUGGUCGAUCGUUCCAUGGACAUGAUCGCCCCUCUGGUGCAUGAGUUCACUUACCAGUCAAUGGUGCAUGAUCUACUGCCUAUCAAAGAUGGAGAUAAGGUUACAUAUACGACUGUAAUCAAUGCAGGCAGUCACAAUGAGGAUAAGAAGGAAAUGGAGAUCAAUGAAGAGGAUCAUGUUUGGGUGGAAUAUCGGCAUCAGCAUAUGAAAGAUGUGCUGGAGAGACUAGGAGAGGACUUUGCGAAAUUCAGAGCUGCCAAUCCUCAAUUCGCCGAAGAUAACGAUAAAGCGAACGUCAACACGAUCAAAGAUAUGCUUGCGGGAUUGACCGAAUUCCAGAAAGGGAGAGAUGCAUAUACACUGCAUCUCAAUAUGGCUGAAGAAUGCAUGAGGUUUUUCCAAGAACACAAGCUCUUGGAGGUCAGCUCUGUCGAACAAUGCCUUGCGACAGGCUUGGAUGAGAAUUAUAAAAAGGCAAAGAACUUGGCAUCUCAGCUUGUUCAGUUACUUGAUGACGAUGCAGUCAUGCACCCGGAUAGACUGAGACUCCUACUCCUCUAUGUCAUAUACCGAGGCGGCAUCCUGGGGGGAGAUAUCCGGAAACUCAUGGCUCAUGCCCAAUUGGCACCGCAGGACGGACAAGUCAUUUCCAAUCUCGACCUUCUCGGAAUCCGGGCAGAGAAGGGGUUGAAAGACGAAAAGCCUCCUAUGCAACCGUUGUUCAACCGGAAGCCGCCACAUCCGACAGAGAUAGACGAAACUAGCCUAUCUCGUUACGACUUGAACGUCAAGCUGCUGCUAGAAGAAUUAGCCCGAGGAAUUCUGGAUCCUACAACCUUCCCGUUCACCAAACCUCAGACAGCCGAUGGCAUGGGACAAUCCGAUACCCUGGCGCAAGCCUCUCUGCGUAGCGCCAAACCAACCUGGGCUCGCACUCGUGGCGCCCCCGAGCAGCCACGGCAGCGAAUCAUCCUCUUCAUGGCCGGGGGCGCUACCUAUGGUGAAGCGCGUGCCUGUUAUGAAGCCUCCCAGGCCUUCGGGAAGGAUGUGUAUCUUGCCACCUCUCAUAUGCUGACCCCCGGGCUAUUUUUGCGGCAGCUUAGCGAUCUCAGUGCAGACCAACGACGGUUAGAUAUUCCUGCCGAACGACCUAAACCUUCGGCGCCCGCCCAUCUGUUUGAGAAAGAUCCUCCGCCACCAGCACCACAGCAGCCUGCUCCUAAGAAAGCACCAGCUCCAUCUUCGGUACCCACCGCGGCCAUGAAUGCAAUGUCCCUGGGGCCGAAUGCGCAGAAGCCAGCAGGUGGAUCAGUCAGUGGAGCUCCUGCGGCUGGGAGCCACAAGCCGCACAAGGAGAAGAAGGAGAAGGAGAAGAAGAAACUGCACCAUUUCUUCCGGUAA